CUCCGGACGCAGGUUUGGGUCUCUCUACCGGCUGUGUUCAUGGUCCACCUCGGGGGUUUGGUGCUCUUCACAUGUUCUCUGUGGACGUUUAUUGUUCCCUUAAAUGUGGCUGUGGGGACGGAGGUUAGAGAUAGACCUCAGGUGAUUGGUUCAAGUCAGCCAAUCAUGGCUGUUCUGGGCGAGGACGUCAUCCUGCCGUGCCACCUGGAGCCUAAAUUCAACGUGGAGGGUUUUACGGUGGAGUGGUCGAAUCCCGACCUCAAGCCCGACCCCGCCGAUCAGCUGAGCCGGGUCGAGUACGUCCACCUUUACAGGGACCGGCGUGAAGUCCCGGACAUGAAGAUCCGGUCGUACGUCAUGAGGACGGCGCUGUUCACUGACGACCUGAAAGACGGGAACAUUUCACUCAAGAUCUUGAACGUGACGCUCUCAGACCAAGGAAGAUACAGAUGUUUCAUCCCAAAGUUAAAGAGCCAAGUGAAGGAGUCAAUCGUUCAGCUUGUUGUUGCACCACGCUCUGAUGAAACCUCUACGACAGAGACGCAGCUGGAUCCAAGAAAUCUCCCAAAUCCAGAUGAUCCAGAUGAUGAGACGGAUGUUGAAGUUGGUCGACACCAUGUCAGCGUUCUGAUACCGAUGUCCGUCUGCGUCUUACUGAUCCUGGCUGCUGGAGUCGGUGCAUUGUUACAUAAACAGAAUCAUCAAAAACUAAAUCAUCAAGAGGUAUGACUUAGCUCCAACCGAACCACUUCAAGUCUAGACGCUUUGCUCAAAGGCACGUUGUUGGUCCCCAACUGGACCGACUGGGAUCUGCAUGAAUGAGGUCUUCAUGAUUGGAUCCAGAUCGCCGUCGGACAGAAUGUAGGUCUGAUCUCCAGAUGAGCCUGUAACGACGCUGCUGACUCUAUGACUUUGUAUCACACGCUGGAGGAUUCUGCUCUUCAUGUUUUGGGGGGAAAAAAGGCUAAUUUGAAAAGCGACACCUGCUGGAUGAUUAUUUGCUGCACACGUUUGAUUGGGACUCAAAAGAAGUCCAGCCUGGAGAAGAAACUGUACGACACUCGAUCAACAUCAGGAACGCUUUUCAUCUACAUGAGACAUUUUCACGAGGAAGAAGCCAAACUUUAUGGAAGCAUUACUUAUUUUUUAUCUCCGUAGUUUUAUGGCUCCAUAGUCAAAAAGAAGACGACUGUUUUUGUUUUGCAAACUUCUCUUCCUCUUAAAAACAUGCUGCAUGCUUUAAUUAUUAUUAAUUAUUUACACGCACUAACCAGCCAGGUGUAACAUUAUCUUCAUAAUAACUGAUCUGUUAACAGAGGUGAUAUUCACCUGGUUGAUGGCUAUAACAUUGAACUGAAUGAGUAAUAACGUCAGCUCAGCAUAAUAAGAUGUCAUCUUUUAUACUGUAUUAUUACUACUGACUUUGAAACAGUGGUUGAUUUCUCCAUGUAUGCAGACAUAAAUAAGAAUAAUGCCUACAGCAACUUUUUAUAUACAUUAAAAAAUUUUUUAAACUGCAAUUUCUGGCAGCUGAUUUAUACGUUUACUUUGCUAACUGAGACAUUUUACACGGUGUUAACUGAUUCAAUAGAUCACUGAACAGCUGCUGCAGCCCAGUUUAGCUGCUGCACAGGAUGAAGAACCAUAUUGAGCUAUGUUUUUUUUAGUGUUCAUGUUAUUUAAAGGCCCAACAUUCCAAACAUGUAAGGGAGAGGAUUGAUUUCCCGACCUGUCCAGACGGGUUAUAGUGUUAUAAAGGUGAUAUUCUGUAGAUUAUCUAUGUUAACAUGAGUGAUUUGAGGUCACUUCCUGUUUUUGUUUUAUGUUUCACAGUGAUGACUGAUACUGAACCAACGAUGAUUAGGUGUGACUGGAUGUGAAAGUUAUUUAUAAUGUAGAAUUCAAACGGCAGUUUUGGUUUUUUGACUGUGCCUUUGAGCAGGUUAUCUUUUGCUGCACUACACUAUUAAUGUAUUUAUUUAAGCAAUGAAUAAAAAAUCUCAAACAGAGGGAUUUAACGGAGGAAUGUUUUGUGUUUGAUGGAUGCUCUGAUGUAGAAAAAGUAUCCUCGAGGUAUUUAGAAUGUUUGCACUGACUCAAAUGUUACAACAAUGUUAACUACAGUGGUAGCACAAAUAAAACCACA